GGCCCUAACGUGCAGUAGCAGCUCGGAGAUCGGCGUGAACAACGUACGGCGGAACGUUCGCAUCGCUUGUCUCUAACAUUGUGAAAUAAAUAGUUUCUAGAAGCCACUCCACAAGAACAGACGGCAGAAAGGCUGCAAUUGAUUUCACAAUAAAUACAGGCAACCCCUUCCAAGUGACUCGAGGGAUUAUAUAAGACACCGAUAAUAAUGGCUGGCAGCAUUACAAUCAACGGCACCAGCUAUGACGUGAAUCUGGCUGCACUGCCUGCGGACAUCUCGCUGAACACCUUCAUCCGGGAGAAUGCGGGUCUGACGGGGACGAAGUUCAUGUGCCAGGAGGGGGGAUGCGGCGUCUGCGUGUGCACGCUGACCGGCAUCCAUCCGGAAGCGGGUGAGGUGCGCACCUGGGCCGUAAACUCGUGCCUUACGCUGCUGAACACCUGCCUGGGACUGGAGGUGACCACCGCGGAGGGGCUGGGCAACAAGCGGGUGGGCUACCAUGCCAUCCAGGAGCGGCUGGCCAAGAUGAACGGCACCCAGUGCGGCUACUGCUCGCCGGGCAUCGUCAUGAACAUGUACGGGCUGCUCAAGUCGAAGGGGGGUCGCGUGACCAUGGCGGAGGUGGAGAACUCCUUCGGGGGCAACAUCUGUCGCUGCACCGGCUACCGCCCCAUUCUGGAUGCCAUGAAGUCCUUUGCGGUGGACAGCAACAUCGCGGUGCCCGCGGAGUGCGCGGACAUCGAGGAUCUGAGCACCAAGCAGUGCCCCAAGACGGGCCAACUGUGCGCCGGCACCUGCAAGAAGCAGACCCCCAGGGGCAGUCAAGUCUACCUGGACGGCAGCCGCUGGAGCUGGCCGGAGAGCCUCGGCCAGCUCUUUGACGCCCUGCAGAGCGCUCUCAAAGAGAAGCUGCCCGUCAUGCUGGUGGCCGGCAACACGGCCCACGGGGUGUACAGGCGCAGGGCGGACAUCAAGGCAUUCAUCGAUGUCGGUGGCUUGGCAGAGCUCAAGGGACACAAGCUGGCCUCCUCCUCCCUUACUCUUGGCGGCAACCUGAGCCUCACAGAGACGAUGGACAUCUGCAGCCAACUGGAGCAGACCAGAGGCUUCGAGUACCUGGCCCAGGUGUGGCAACACCUCGAUUGGAUCGCCAACGUUCCCGUGCGCAAUGCCGGCACCUUGGCGGGCAAUCUGGCCAUCAAGCAUGCCCACCCGGAGUUCCCCUCUGACGUGUUCAUCGUCCUCGAGGCCCUGGACGCACAGGUGAUUGUCCAGGAGUCGGUGGUGAGGCAGGCGACUGUGAGCCUCGCCAGCUAUCUGAAGACGCCGAUGGAGGGCAAGAUCAUAAGGGGAUUCGUGCUGCCUGCCUAUCCCAAGGAUCGCUUCCUGUUCGACUCCUACAAGAUCAUGCCCCGUGCCCAGAACGCCCAUGCCUAUGUCAAUGCCGCGUUCCUCCUCGAGUUGGACAACGCUUCGAAGGUGAAGAAUGCGAGGAUUUGCUUCGGCGGCAUCAACCCGGAGUUCGUCCAUGCCACGGCCAUUGAGAAGCUGCUGCUGGGACGCAGUCCCUAUGAGAAUGGACUGGUGGAGAAGGCCUUUGGCCAGCUGUCGACUCUCCUGCAGCCCGAUGAGGUGCUGCCCGACGCCUCGCCCGUGUACCGCCGCAAGCUGGCCUGCGGACUCUUCUACAAGUUCCUGCUGAAGACAGCCGCCGAGCGGAAGCAGGGAGUGGGCAGUCGCUUCGCCCUGGGCGGAUCCUUGCUGCAGCGGCCGGUGUCCAGUGGAAAGCAGAGCUUCGAGACAUUCGAGGAGCACUAUCCGGUGACCAAGGCCACGGAGAAGCACGAGGGCCUCAUCCAGUGCUCCGGCGAGGCAACCUACUCCAAUGAUCUGCCCACGCAACACAAUCAGGUGUGGGCGGCCUUUGUCACAGCCAAAAAGGUGGGUGCGAAGGUCACCAAGGUGGACGCCCAGCCUGCCCUGGCUCUGCCCGGAGUGGUGGCCUAUUUGGAUGCCAAGGACAUACCGGGACCAAACUACAUUGGCCCCAAGACGCGCGACCAACAUUUCUUUGCCCAAGACGAGGAGCUUUUUGCCACUGGGGAGAUAAAGUUCUACAACCAACCGGUGGGUCUGAUCGUCGCCAGCACCAACUCCCUAGCCCAUCGUGCCGCAGAAUUGGUGAGUCUCACCUACGAAGGAGGAGCUAAGGAAGUGCUGCCCACCCUAAAGGAUGUGCUGGAUAAGGUAGGAGCCUCGUCAAGCGAUCGUCUCGAGCAGAAGGUGAAGUCCACUCUGGACAACCUCGACCUGGAAGGGGAACACUUCGAUCUGAGUUCCUCCGGACAGCUGGACAUGGGCCUGCAGUACCACUACUACAUGGAGCCCCAGACGACGGUGGCGGUGCCUUUCGAGGGCGGCCUACAAGUGUAUGUAGCCACCCAGUGGAUGGACUUGUCGCAGGACAACAUCGCGAACAUCCUCAAGCUGAGGUCCAACGAAGUGCAGGUGAAGACCCGCCGCAUCGGAGGCGGCUACGGAGGCAAAGCCACCCGUUGCAACCUCGCCGCUGCGGCCGCUUCUGUCGCUGCCCACAAACUGAAUCGUCCAGUGCGCCUGGUCCAGUCGCUGGAGUCCAUUAUGACUACCAUUGGCAAACGGUGGGCCUUCCACUGUGACUACGACUUCUUCGUCCAGAAGUCGGGCAAGAUCGUGGGCAUUGUCAGUCGCUUCUUCGAGGACGCAGGCUACCUGUCCAACGAGUCUCCCAUCGGUCACGUGGUGUUGCUGUCCAAGAACUGCUACGAGUUCAGCGAUAACUUCAAGUUAGAUGGCUUCCUCGUCUACACGGACUCCCCCAGCAACACCCCCUGUCGGGCUCCUGGGUCUGUGGAGGGCAUCGCCAUGAUAGAGAACAUCAUCGAGCACAUUGCCUUUGAAACGGGGCAGGAUCCGGCGGAUGUGCGCUACGCCAACAUUUUGCCCGCCCAUAAAAUAGGCGAAAUGAUGCCUGGGUUCCUAGCCAACACCCUUUACAAGGAUCGGCGCUCGGAGAUUAUUGCCUACAACAAGGAGAACCGCUGGCGCAAGCGCGGCUUGGGUCUGUCUAUAAUGGAAUACCAAAUCGGAUACUUUGGACAGUACCCAGCGACGGUAGCCAUCUAUCACAGCGAUGGCACUGUCGUGGUCUCCCACGGAGGCAUCGAAAUGGGACAAGGCAUGAACACCAAGAUAUCCCAGGUGGUGGCACACUCGCUGGGCAUUCCCAUGCAACAGGUGCGCAUUGAAGCCAGCGAUACGAUCAAUGGAGCCAACUCAAUGGUCACCGGAGGCGCCGUGGGCAGCGAGACCCUCUGCUAUGCCGUGCGCAAGGCUUGCGAGACGCUGAACUCCCGCCUGGAGCCUGUCAAGGAGGAGGUGAAGCCCUCCGACUGGCAGCAGCUGAUCAACGAGGCAUACAACCGGAAGAUCAACCUCAUUGCCAGCGACCAGUGCAAACAGGGCGACAUGGAUCCGUACUCGGUAUGCGGCCUCUGCCUCACGGAGGUGGAGUUGGAUGUGCUCACGGGCAACUAUCUGGUCAACCGCGUGGAUCUACUGGAAGACACGGGUGAGAGUCUGAAUCCCAAUGUGGAUAUCGGACAGAUCGAGGGCGCCUUCAUGAUGGGCCUCGGCUACUGGACCAGCGAACAGAUUGUGGUGGACAAGCAGACCGGCGAGUGCCUCACGAACCGCACCUGGACCUACAAGCCACCGGGCGCCAAGGACAUUCCCGUGGAUCUGCGCAUUGAGCUGCUACCCAAGAGCCCCAACAAGGCGGGCUUUAUGAGGUCAAAGGCUACCGGUGAACCCGCGAUCUGUCUAUCUAUCGCUGUGGCCUUUGCCCUGCAGCAAGCCCUGCAGUCCGCCCGCGAUGAUGCCGGCGUGCCCAAGGCAUGGGUCACCCUCACUGCCCCGAUGACACCCGAGUUCCUGGUCCUGCAUGCCGGCACAGACCCCAGCCAGUUCAAGCUGAACUGACUGGCUAGGGAAGAGGAGAAGUAGAGCCAGGAGAUCUCUUCCUCGGCAGUGGACAGAGCUUGAGACACGGCACGUGGCCGAUGGGAACGCUUCGAUAAGCACACCAAGAUAGCCCCCCCCUAUACAUAUACCUAACCCCCACUUAACCUAGAGGAGCAGACCUUGUAUUGUGUGCACAAUAAAUUAAAAACUUAUCCAGCGCUUAA